GCAGCCGACGACCCGCAUUCAGCCGGCCUCGGCCCUCCCUCGGCGGCCGGCCGCUGCCCUCAGCGCCUCUUCGUGUACGGCCCCCCGCACCAGACGGCCCUCCCCCGGGGCGCGCUCGCCCAUGGAGAUAUGAGGAUCAAUGAUGCAGACUGCUGGGUUCGAUGAAGCUGGGCAUUUAUAACUAGAUUCAUUAAGGAAUACAAAGAAAAUAUUUAAAGAAAUCAAUAAUGGUGUCUUCUAGUUGCAGAAUGCGAAGUUUGUGGUUUAUCAUUAUAAUCAGCUUCUUACCAAAUUCAGAAGGUUUCAGCCGAGCAGCUUUACCAUUUGGGUUAGUGAGGCGGGAACUGUCCUGUGAAGGUUACUCUAUAGAUCUGCGAUGUCCAGGCAGUGAUGUCAUCAUGAUUGAGAGCGCUAACUAUGGCCGGACAGAUGAUAAGAUCUGUGAUGCUGACCCCUUUCAGAUGGAGAACACUGACUGCUACCUCCCUGAUGCCUUCAAAAUUAUGACACAAAGGUGCAACAAUCGAACACAGUGUAUAGUAGUCACUGGGUCAGAUGUAUUUCCUGAUCCAUGUCCUGGAACAUACAAAUAUCUUGAAGUCCAAUAUGAAUGUGUUCCUUACAUUUUUGUGUGCCCUGGGACUCUGAAAGCAAUUGUGGAUGCACCGUCUAUAUAUGAAGCUGAACAAAAGGCAGGUGCUUGGUGCAAAGACCCUCUUCAAGCUGCAGAUAAAAUUUAUUUCAUGCCCUGGACUCCUUACCGCACCGAUACUUUAAUAGAAUAUGCUUCUAUAGAAGACUUCCAAAAUAGCCGCCAAACAACAACGUAUAAACUUCCAAAUCGAGUAGAUGGUACUGGAUUUGUGGUGUAUGAUGGUGCUGUGUUUUUUAACAAAGAAAGAACAAGAAAUAUUGUGAAAUUUGACUUGAGGACUAGAAUUAAGAGCGGUGAGGCCAUUAUUAACUAUGCCAACUACCAUGAUACCUCACCAUAUAGGUGGGGAGGAAAGACUGAUAUUGAUCUAGCAGUUGAUGAAAAUGGCUUAUGGGUCAUUUAUGCCACUGAACAGAACAAUGGAAUGAUAGUUAUCAGCCAACUGAAUCCAUACACACUCCGAUUUGAAGCAACAUGGGAGACCAUAUAUGACAAGCGUGCUGCAUCAAAUGCUUUCAUGAUAUGUGGAGUCCUCUAUGUGGUCAGGUCAGUGUAUCAAGACAAUGAAAGUGAAACGGGCAAGAAUGCAAUAGAUUACAUUUACAAUACCCGAUUGAACCGGGGAGAAUAUGUAGACAUUCCCUUUCCCAACCAGUACCAGUAUAUUGCUGCAGUGGAUUACAAUCCAAGGGAUAACCAACUCUACGUGUGGAACAAUAACUUUAUUUUGCGAUAUUCUCUGGAGUUUGGUCCACCCGAUCCUGCCCAAGUGCCUACCACAGCUGUGACAAUAACUUCUUCAGCUGAGCUGUUCAAAACCACAGUUUCAACCACAAGCACUACUUCACAGAAAGGCCCCAUGAGCACAACCAUAGCUGGAUCACAGGAAGGAAGCAAAGGGACAAAACCACCUCCAGCAGUUUCUACAACCAAAAUUCCUCCUGUAACAAAUAUUUUUCCCCUGCCAGAGAGAUUCUGCGAAGCAUUAGAAGCGAGGGGAAUAAAAUGGCCUCAGACACAAAGGGGAAUGAUGGUUGAACGACCAUGUCCCAAGGGAACAAGAGGAACAGCCUCAUAUCUCUGCAUGGUUUCCACUGGAACAUGGAACCCUAAGGGCCCCGAUCUUAGUAACUGUACCUCACACUGGGUAAAUCAACUGGCUCAGAAGAUCAGAAGUGGAGAAAAUGCUGCUAGUCUUGCCAAUGAACUGGCCAAGCAUACCAAGGGGCCCGUGUUUGCAGGGGAUGUGAGUUCUUCCGUGAGACUGAUGGAGCAGUUGGUGGACAUCCUGGAUGCACAGCUACAGGAACUGAAGCCUAGUGAAAAAGAUUCGGCUGGACGGAGUUAUAACAAGCUCCAAAAACGAGAGAAGACAUGCAGGGCUUACCUUAAGGCAAUUGUUGACACAGUGGACAACCUUCUGAGGCCAGAAGCUCUGGAAUCCUGGAAACAUAUGAAUUCUUCUGAGCAAGCUCACACUGCAACAAUGUUACUGGAUACAUUGGAAGAAGGAGCCUUUGUCCUAGCUGACAAUCUCUUAGAACCAACCAGAGUCUCAAUGCCCACUGAAAAUAUUGUUCUGGAAGUUGCAGUUCUCAGUACAGAGGGGCAGGUCCAAGACUUUAAAUUUCCUCUGGGCAUCAAAGGAGCAGGCAGUUCAAUCCAACUCUCAGCAAAUACUGUCAAGCAGAACAGCAGGAAUGGGCUUGCAAAGUUGGUGUUCAUCAUAUACCGGAGUUUGGGACAGUUCCUUAGCACAGAAAAUGCAACUAUAAAACUAGGUGCUGACUUUAUCGGUCGUAAUAGCACCAUUGCAGUGAAUUCUCAUGUCAUAUCAGUUUCCAUCAAUAAGGAGUCCAGCCGAGUAUACCUGAGUGAUCCUGUGCUUUUUACUCUGCCACAUAUUGAUCCUGACAAUUAUUUCAAUGCAAACUGUUCCUUUUGGAAUUACUCAGAGAGAACUAUGAUGGGAUAUUGGUCUACUCAGGGCUGCAAGCUGGUCGACACUAAUAAAACGCGUACAACAUGUGCAUGCAGCCACCUAACCAAUUUUGCCAUCCUCAUGGCCCAUAGGGAAAUUGCAUAUAAAGACGAAGUUCAUGAAUUGCUUCUCAAAGUCAUCACCUGGGUGGGGAUUGUCAUUUCGCUUGUUUGCCUGGCUAUCUGCAUCUUCACCUUCUGUUUUUUCCGUGGUCUACAAAGUGACCGUAAUACGAUUCAUAAGAACCUUUGUAUCAACCUUUUUAUUGCUGAAUUUAUUUUUCUAAUAGGCAUUGAUAAAACAAAAUACACAAUUGCAUGCCCAAUAUUUGCAGGACUUCUACACUUUUUCUUUUUGGCAGCUUUUGCUUGGAUGUGCCUAGAAGGUGUGCAGCUCUAUUUAAUGUUAGUUGAGGUUUUUGAGAGUGAAUAUUCAAGGAAGAAGUAUUACUAUGUUGCCGGCUACUUGUUUCCUGCUACAGUGGUUGGAGUUUCAGCUGCUAUUGACUAUAAGAGCUAUGGAACAGUAAAGGCUUGCUGGCUUCGUGUGGACAACUAUUUUAUAUGGAGUUUCAUUGGACCUGUUACUUUCAUUAUUCUGCUAAAUAUAAUCUUUCUGGUAAUCACAUUGUGCAAAAUGGUGAAGCACUCAAACACCUUGAAACCAGAUUCUAGCAGGUUGGAAAACAUUAAGUCUUGGGUGCUUGGCGCGUUUGCUCUUCUGUGUCUUCUUGGCCUAGCCUGGUCAUUUGGGUUGCUUUUUAUUAAUGAGGAGACUAUUGUGAUGGCAUAUCUCUUCACCAUCUUUAAUGCUUUCCAGGGAGUGUUCAUUUUCAUCUUUCACUGUGCCCUCCAAAAGAAAGUACGAAAAGAAUAUGGCAAGUGCUUCAGACACUCAUACUGCUGUGGCGGCCUCCCAACAGAGAGCCCCCACAGCUCCGUGAAGGCAUCAACCACCAGAACCAGUGCUCGGUAUUCCUCUGGCACACAGAGUCGUAUAAGGAGGAUGUGGAAUGACACUGUGAGAAAACAAUCUGAAUCUUCUUUUAUCUCAGGUGACAUCAAUAGUACUUCAACACUUAAUCAAGGAAUGACUGGCAAUUACCUACUAACAAACCCUCUUCUUCGACCCCACGGCACUAACAACCCUUAUAACACAUUGCUCGCUGAAACAGUUGUAUGUAAUGCCCCUUCAGCUCCUGUAUUUAACUCACCAGGACAUUCACUGAACAAUGCCAGGGAUACAAGUGCCAUGGAUACUCUACCGCUAAAUGGUAAUUUUAACAACAGCUACUCAUUGCGCAAAGGGGACUAUAAUGAUAGUGUGCAAGUUGUGGACUGUGGACUAAGUCUGAAUGAUACUGCUUUUGAGAAAAUGAUCAUUUCAGAAUUAGUGCACAACAACCUCCGGGGCAGCAGCAAGACUCACAACCUGGAGCUCACGCUGCCUGUGAAAGCCGUAAUCGGGGGAAGCAGCAGUGAAGAUGAUGCGAUUGUGGCAGACACAUCAUCUUUAAUGCACGUGGACAAUCCAGGGCUGGAGCUCCAUCACAAAGAACUUGAGGCACCCCUCAUUCCUCAGCGGACUCACUCCCUUCUGUACCAACCCCAGAAGAAAGUUAAGGCCGAGGGAACCGACAGCUAUGUCUCCCAGCUGACAGCAGAGGCAGAGGAUCACCUACAGUCCCCCAACAGAGACUCUCUUUAUACAAGCAUGCCCAAUCUUAGAGACUCUCCCUAUCCGGAGAGUAGCCCUGACAUGGAAGAAGACCUGUCUCCCUCCCGGAGGAGUGAGAAUGAGGACAUUUACUAUAAAAGCAUGCCAAACCUUGGGGCUGGCCAUCAGCUUCAGAUGUGCUACCAGAUCAGCAGGGGCAAUAGUGAUGGUUAUAUAAUUCCCAUUAACAAAGAAGGCUGUAUCCCAGAAGGGGAUGUUAGAGAAGGACAGAUGCAGCUGGUGACAAGUCUUUAAUAGUACAGCUAAGAAUUCCAAGGGCCACAUGCAAAUAUUAGUAAAUAAAGAAAGAUUGCCUUGGUCCCACACAGCUUCCUCCAACUCUGCUUGAAGAGACGGCUCUGUUGACCUGUGGUCCUCCAGUGUAUAAAAAAAAAGAAAAGAAAGAGGAAAACAAACAAAAAGGAACUGAACCUUGCAGUUCUGUGAUUUUUUUUUUAAUGAAACAUACAAAAACUUUGUAUAUACAAAGAGUAUACUAAAAUGAAUUAUUUGUUACAAAGAAAAGAGAUGCCAACCAGGUAUUUUAAGAUUCUGCUGCUGUGUAGAGGAAUUAUGAAACAGACCUUUCCAGCCAUUUUAUUGCAGCAGUCUGUGAACUAAAUUUGUACAUAUGGCUGCACCAUUUUUGUAGGCCUGCAUUGUAUUAUAUACAAGACGUAGGCUUUAAGAUCCUGUGGGACAAAUUUACUGUACCUUACUGUUCCUGACAAGACUUGGAAAAGCAGGAGAGAUAUUCUGCAUGUUUGCAGUUUUCCUGCAAACCUUUUACAUUAAGGCAAAGAUUGAAAACAUGUUUAACCACUAGCAAUCAAGCCACAGGCCUUAUUUCAUAUGUUUCCUCAACUGUACAAUGAACUAUUCUCAUGAAAAAUGGCUAAAGAAAUUAUAUUUUGUUCUAUUGCUAGGGUAAAAUAAAAUACAUUUGUGUCCAACUGAGAUAUAAUUGUCAUUAAAAUAAUUUUAAAAGAGUUCAAAGGAAAUCUUGUGAAAAGCUCUUGGUUGCACAUAUGUUACAAAAAUUUUUUUCCCCCUUACACUUUGUCAUGGUGAGUUCUUCCCAUUUUUUUUCUCUCCUUUCCCACUAUAUACAGUGUUCUGCCUUGACCAGUUAGUCUUUUUUUCUUUACAUUUAAAUUUCUUAUUGCCAAAAGAAUGUGUUUUAUGGGGAGAAGACUCUUUUAAGGCAGUUCUGCCAUGCCUUGCACAACCGUGGUAAAAUCUAGGGAAGAUUGCGUAUUACCUACCCCUGUUUAUUCUGGAACAGUGGGUAAAGUGGGCACUGGGCACUGCUCACAAACUUUCUAGUGAACAAAAGGUGCCUAUCCUUUUAUAAAAAAAUAAAAUAAAACACAAAUAUUACUCUUCCAUAUUCCUUCUGCUUAUAUUUAGCAAUUAAUUUAUUUUAUGAUAAAAUUCUAAUGAAAAUGUAAAUGGUUUUGGCAAAAUUCUGCUUUUCUUUUCAUCCCUUUGUGUAAACCUGUUAAUAAUGAGCCCAUCACUAAUAUCCAGUGUAAAGUUUAACACGGUUUGACAGUAAAUAAAUGUGAAUUUUUUCAAGUA